AUCAAUUGUAACCGCUACACGGAAGAAUUUAUUUAACGGACAAGAUGGACGCCGAGUGUGUAACGAUGUAGCCAGUCGCAAGAUUUUUUUUAAACAUUAAAAGUUAGUUUUAGCCCCAUUUAUCGUCUUAGUAAGCGAAGUUGGUAUAAAAACGUGUGAUAUGUUUGCUUUCCUACAAAUUAACGACUAGUAGAGCCACCACCGGAAACGGGGAGGCAGCAAAACCCCUCGGUUUCUUUAAACUUAGCAUGGCACUGUCACAAAAUGAAACGUUCCCCGGCGAUACUAAAAUAAGACCACCUCUGGAAGGACUGGGGUCCGAAGACGAAAUCCCGCCAUGUGUCUCAGGACGAACCGAGACCUCCGGCGCCAGAGUUUUAACUCAGGAGGAGCUGGACAGACUCAGCGGGGAGCGGGCUCUGGUCUCCGACUUCAAACAGAUGAAGUUGGAGAGGGAAGCGCAGAAAAACUGGGACUUGUUUUACAAAAGAAACACGACGAAUUUCUUCAAGGACAGACACUGGACCACCAGGGAAUUCGAAGAGCUCAAAGCGAGCAGAGAGUUUGAGUCCCAGAGGCUGGUGCUGCUGGAGGCUGGCUGCGGUGUGGGAAACUGCAUCUUCCCUCUGCUUGAGGACGACCUCAACGUCUUCAUUUAUGCUUGUGACUUCUCACCACGAGCUGUUGAAUUUGUCAAACAAAACCCUCUGUACUGCCCUGAGCGCUGCUGUGCCUUCCAGUGUGAUUUAACUAAAGAUGAUCUGAGGGCAAAUGUGCCAGAGGGCAGCGUGGACGUCGUCACUCUCAUCUUUGUUCUGUCGGCCGUCCACCCUGAUAAGAUGGAGCUGGCUUUACAGAACAUCAGCAGGGUGCUGAAGCCCGGAGGCACUGUCCUGUUUAGGGACUACGGCCUGUACGACCAUGCCAUGCUCCGGUUUAAAGCCGGCAGCAAGCUGGGGGAGAACUUCUACGUACGCCAAGACGGAACCAGGUCAUACUUCUUCUCUAAAGAGUUCCUGGCCGAGCUCUUUGAGGAGACGGGCUUCCAAUCUGUCACUAACGACUAUGUCCUGAGAGAGACAGUCAACAAGAAGGAGAGGCUUUGUGUUCCCAGGGUGUUCCUGCAGAGCAAAUUCACCAAGCCUGGCCAAUCAGACAGCCCCUGAAGUCUCUUGGCCUUUGUCGGUCACCUCAUACGUCUCCCCAGAUGAGGAGAAAGACAAGACUGAAAUGUCCGGCUGAAACUGGAAGGUGAAAAAGUUCGUAUAUUGCGCGGGGGAAAUUGGUAGCCUGAUCGUGACUGUAACGGGGCUUGUGGCUCACACGCCACCGGUCUUGAAUUCUUUAGACCAUGAGGGAGAAGUAGGUGGGUAAGGUAGAUUGAUAAUACCUCCUCUGACUAAUUAGCGACUGAGGCUCACUGACACCUUGGAGCUGCUCCUUUGCCAACAGAUGAAGACAGUGCUUGUGCUGGGAAUCUUACAGAUGGAAAUAUGUGGAACCGUAACAGGAUCGUGAUUGUUCAGCGAAGUCCUGAGCUGGAUAAAUAACGAACAGUUUGAACUCACAUUUCAAACCGUGCCAAACCUUGUUCGGCUGGUAGCAUCACCAUGAGAAGUUUCUUGUUUUCUCUUUGGGCCUUCAAACUUUCGUCU